UCAGGUGGAUGUGCUCCUUUGUCUCUAAGGACCUCUUUUUUGGGCUUCUUGCCUGGAGCUCCCGGAAGCUGCCUUCGAGGACUCUCGGUUUAAUUGCUUUUGCAGUUUUGUCCUGUUAAGAUCCAGAAACCCUAGAGGCCAUGCCUCAUUCGCUGCAGGGUCCGUGGCAGGAUAUGUGGUUCCAGUCCGAGCAUGGAUUGAACCUUCUGACAAAGCUUCAUUAAGUGUGGCCACAGCUCUGUAAUCAGAAGAGAUUCCCCCAUACCUUCCUGCUUUUAAAAUGGUACCUGAUAGUCCAGGUUUGCAUACCCAUGAAUUAGAAACUGCCAACACAUGAACAGUUUUAAAUAAUUUAAUAUUCCUGCCUUGAGUUAUUAAAAAUUAAGGAAUGUGUUUUCCUUGGUGAGGUUAAAAUAUGAAUACAAAUUUUUAAAAAUAACCCUGAUUCUGCACAAGAAAAUACACAUAAGAGGUCUGUGCUGAGGCACCUGUUUGUGUGGUUUGCUGUAUGAUGUGGUCUUGCCUGAUUGGCAGAGUCGGCGACAAGAUAUGAAGACAGACCUCGGGAUGGGCCUGGAUCUGGACUUAGACCCCAGCCAAGAUGACCUGCCCCUCAAAGCAAACACCAACCACAUGCUGGUGAAGCACUAUGUGCUUGACCUGACAGUUCACUUUGAGAAGAAGGUCUUUGAGGGCAGUGUGUUCCUGUUCCUGGAGACAGGAAAAGGGGCUGGGGAGUUUUGCGAUGGAGACUCAGGUACUGCUGGGAAAUCCCACGUCAUGCCAGUGAUCGAUCUGGGGGUGUCUAAGGUGCCCAUUGCUGAGCAGUCUGCCUCCGAUGCAUCGGACACUGCUUGUGGUGGAAGUCACAGACAGCUCACCUCUGACUGUGCUGGUUGUCAUGGUGAUGGUUUGACAGAGAACUCCUGGGAGAAUGAGAGUAGUGGUGACUUCAUUCUGGUGUUGGACUGCUGUGACCUGGCUGUGACUCGGGUGGAAGAGGUGGACGUGACUUUAGUGCCAGGUAUGGAGGCUUUCCGGGUAAAGGAUGAGGGGGGUGUGAGCUCUGCCUGCCCCUCUGCUCCACUGUUGCAGGGCCUUAUGUCUCUGCCUGCUGCAUGCUGGGAGCAGCAGCAUAGCCUCUACUAUCAUUGCAGUCGAGCUCCAACUCCCAGUGGAGCCGGAACUCUCUUGUUCCACACUGACAAAUGGAGUCUGCAGAUUAGGAAGAAGGGUGUUCGAACUCCUCACAACUUUCCCCGCAGCCUGAGGAUCUGGUAUGAGACCAAGCCUGAGGGAAGCUCAGUAAGAUGGACCAAGGACCAGAGUGGCAGGCUUUGUGUUUACACCGUAGGCUGCCCGAUCAACAACAGAGCCCUCUUCCCAUGUCAGGAGCCUCCAGUCGCCAUGUCAACCUGGCAGGCUCGGGUACAGGCACCCAGUGACUGUGUGGUCCUGCUAAGUGGGGAGAAUGAGGCUGAUCCUGUCCCACAAGAAAAUGGGUUCUCAUGCUGGGAAUAUUAUGUCACGAUGCCAAUGCCUGCCUCCACUUUCACCCUUGCGGUUGGCUGCUGGGUAAUGGCCAAGGUGAAACCUGUCUCAGGAGAACAGGCAAUGGCAACCUCAGCAGCACACGCACAGCAGGGUUCAUUAUCAGAGAAGAAGCAGACCUCAAGUGACGGGACUCUUGGGGAACGUCUUAUCAAAGCUGCCAGGUUUCUUUGUGAGGCAGAUAACUCAAUUCUGACCAGCAAUGUGCCAAACAAAGGCUCUGAGAUGGAUUACUUUUGCCUGAACCUCCACCCGUGCUCCCAUGUGGAUUUCCCCUGCCGCUUCCCCAGUGCUGCUGCCCAGGCCCAGGCAGUGAUCCCCUACCGGGUUUUUGCUCCUUCAUGCCUUCUGCAGCGGGCAGAGGACAUGCUCCUCCCCUUGCUGAGCCCCUGUCUGGCUGCUGCCUUCUCCUUCUUGGGGGUUCACCCCUUCUCCCGCCUCGAUGUGCUCAUUGUACCUGCUGAGUUCCCCAGCCUUGGAAUGGCCAGCCCUCACAUGGUGUUCCUGUCCCAGAGUGUGCUGACUGGCGAUAGCUCACUGUGCGGAGCAAGGCUCUGCCACGAGGUGGCCCAUGCCUGGUUUGGAUUGGCUAUCGGGGCACGUGACUGGACUGAGGAGUGGAUCAGCGAAGGCUUCGCCACCUACCUUGAGGACAUCUUCUGGGCCCACGCACAGAAGCUUUCCCGUGUCCAGACGGAGGACCAGUGUCAGCUCAAAGCCCUGCUGCGCUGGAGGAGGCUCCGUGAUGAACUGCAGAACUCAGAAGAGGAGCUACAAAUCCUCCGGCCCAAUAAGGAAAGCACAGGGGAGGUGAGCGAAUCGGGUGCCUCGCUGGUGAAGCAUGGCCUCAAUCCAAGCAAAACCUUCAUGCAAGUUCACUACCUGAAGGGCUAUUUUCUUCUGAGUUUUUUGUCAAAUAAAGUAGGUGAAAAACAAUUUCUUAAAUUUUUUCGCAAUUUUGUGGAAAAAUACCAUGGUCAGCUCAUUCUUUCUCAGGAUUUUUUGCAAAUGUUCUUGGAAUGUUUUCCAGAAAUAGAAAGGCAAGGUCUCACCCUUGAAGCUAUUUAUGCCGACUGGUUGGACAGGCCGGGCAUUCCAGAGCCCCUGCUGCACUGGAGCGCCGCUUGGCUACGCUCGGCACCGGUGGAGGAAGUCACCCAGGAGGUUGCAAAAUGGAUUCACUUGAGUCGCGGGCACCGAAAGGGCAGCAAGCGGAAAAGAACAGGGCCCAAGGUGAACUUCAAAGAGGUGACUGCGGAGCAGCUGGUUCUGUUGCUGGAGCUGCUCUUGGAUGAGGCAGAGCUGAGCGGGACAGUUCUGCACAUGCUGAAACGGGUCUACAGCCUGCAGGAGCGAGACGCUGAGGUGAGGCAUCGCUGGUGUGAGCUGGUGGUCAAACAUAAGCACUCAGCUGCAUACAAGGAUGUAGAGCAUUUUCUACUGGAAGACCAGGCCAUGGGUGUGUACCUGUACGGGGAGCUGAUGCUACACGAGGAUGGCCUUCAGCAGGCCCUCGCCAGACGCUGCUUCUCUCGGGCCCAGGAGGACAUGGACAUAGCCGUGCGAAAAGUGGUGGAGGAUAUGAUCUACUGAGCCCAUGCACAUCAGGACCUCCUUCUGCUCUGGAAAGGCAAGACUGGGUUUCCACCCUCACUGCCCCUUCUCCACAAAUAGUCUGAAAUGAAUGGUCAAGGAAUUCAGCAGGCUAUUUGUUAGCACCUCACUGGAGCUACCAGUAGACCAAAGCUUGUUUCGUUUCCAAUUUAUCUUGUCCUGUCAGAACCUGAAGCAGCGGAGGAAACUGCACAAAAUGUAUUGUACCAUUUGUUAAAAUGACCUGAUGUGCGAAACUUGUUUGGACUUAAUGACCUAUGUUUCAGUCCAGGCAGAAGCUCUUCACAAACUUUAUCCAGCAAAAAGGCACUGAGACCAAUGCCCUUCCAUGGGUUCAUAGUCAUAUGGUGUUAGCCACAACGCAAUGCAGAGGGUGGAUUUGACACUCAAUUUCCAAACCAGUUAAACCAAUGGUUACAAAAGAUACAACCAUCUGUAAGAAAUCCCACAUAUAGUUCCUAUUUUAUUUUCUAAAGAGUGAAAUGAGAAAAUAUUUUGAAAAAUGUUCAAUUUUUUUGUAAUGUUGUAGGACAAAAAUCACAAAAACUGUAAAGGGUUUUCUUAUUAAGCUACACAUGAAGGGUGGAGAAUAAAAUACUUGCAUCAACACUUAACAUCUCUAGAAACUCUGGACAUCAGGCUGAAAAUACAGCUAAAUGAUCCCAAAUCCUGACUAGCCAGUAACUAGCAAUCUUUACCAAGGCCCCUCAUUAUAUAAGUGGGGAAAAAUAAAUAUUU